AUGCAGAAACUCAUCGCCCGCACGGAGCGAGCGCAGCGAUCGGCCCUACGAGCAGCGAACAAGGCAAAGGAGCACAAAUUGAACGCCGAAGCAUGGGAGCGAAACCAGAACAAACAGCGACUGGUCCGGCACACGAACGAUCUCAUUCGUGAAGAGCGGAAGAACAGGAGGCAUGACUGGGAGAGGGGCCCAUUAGCACCUCGCCGAGAUGUUGGAGAGAACCAAAAGACAUACGGCGCACAUUCAAUAUACACAACCCCACGACCCGAGCUCGACCCAGAGAAGCGGCCCGAAUUCUUUCCCUUCAAGGAAGGCGACCGAGUCGUCAUCACCAGAGGACGCGACAGGGGCAGGAUUGGCUUGAUCAACGACAUCAAUACGAAGACGGCAUCGGUGCGGGUGAAGGACGUAAACCAGUAUGAUGUGCACAUGCCGGAGUGGAUGAAGAUGAGGCAGGGCGAGACCCGUGACGUUAUCACCGUCUCGAUCCCCCUGCCCAUCACGGAUGUCAAACUGGUCUACCCUCUACCACAUCCCGAGACCGGAAUUUAUCGAGACGUCGUCAUUGAACGCCUGGUCCCGGUCGGCCAGGAACGCACAAGGCCGGAGAAGGAGGAGCGGGAUCGCGCGAUCCCAGGCACCACGACCAUAAUUCCAUGGCCGGCGCAACCAGAGGAGGAAUUCGAGGACUUCGAGGACGACACGCCUCGCAUUUCUGUCGAGACACCGACGUUUCUCCCUCACUUGCUGGCUCAGCCCAUGCCGGGUACUGUCAUCGACGAACUACGCAACAAGUACAGCAAAUUCCGAACACGGCAUGAGGACGGAUACAGAGCGAAGAAGGAAAUGGAAGAUGCGAAGGUGGAAGGCAGAAAGAGUUUGAUCAAGACAAUGCGGACACCAUUGCAGGAGGCGGCGGAACUCAGAGCGAAACAAAAGGCCGCAGAGAAGAAGAAGCUUACGCCCGAGCAGCUGGCGAAGAUUGGAGAAGUCAUUGCGAAAGAGCAGGCGAGGACAACGGCAUUUGCGGCAGCGGUUGGGCAAGAGAAAGCAUGA